AGAGAAAAAAAUUAUUCACUAUUGGGUGUUAUGUGGGGGUGAUCAGUUCGUGGAAGAACAAGGCCCACGAGUCACAAAUCCUUUAAAGCCACUCAUUCAGGGAACUCCGCUCGGAUUUGACUUCCAUCUCCUCCAUAUGCAUGGCUCCUAUUUCACCUAUCCACCCCACUCCACUUCUCAGCAGUUCUCUUCUCUCCAACAUGGGCUUGAUCCUCGGGAAGAUCACGGUCGAGACCCCCGAGUACCAGCUCCUCCAUGCCACUGCCGACUACGAGAUCCGACUAUACGGGCCCUCGGUCGUCGCUGAAGUCACGUAUGAUCCAGCCAAGUUCAACGGCAACAGGGAUGGUGGCUUUAUGUUGCUGGCGAAUUACAUUGGAGCCCUCGGGGAUCCCCAGAACUCCAAGCCCGAGAAGAUUGCCAUGACCGCCCCCGUCAUUACCAAACCAUCGUCGAGCCCCCAUGCUGAGACAAUCGAAAUGACUGCCCCUGUGGUGACAAUGGAGGGCGAGAGCAAUGAGGUUACCAUGCAGUUCAUACUGCCGAGCAAUUACACCAAGGCUGAGGCGGCCCCAAAACCAUUGGAUGAGAGGGUGGUGAUCAAGGAGGAAGCUGAGAGGAAGUUCGGGGUCGUGAAGUUCAGCGGAACCACCCCCGAAAAGGUUGUGAAGGAUAAGGUUGAGAAGCUUCGGGAGAGCCUUGAGAGAGACGGCUAUAAGGUGAUUGGCAAUUACUUGCUGGCAAGGUAUAAUGACCCGAGGACUCUGCUUCCAUUUAGGACUAAUGAGGUCAUGAUACUGAUCGAGUGAGGUCUCUGAUCAGCGAGCAGAAGAAGAUUAGCUCCGCAUGGUUCUUCGCUCUGUAGUAGUUUCUUCUGAGGUUUAUGUUGAAGUAUAAAGUGGACGCAUUUGUAUUCUGCACAUUUUCUUUUCAUAGUAGUAAUAAUCCCUAAAUGGUUCAGAGUA